GGACGAGGAAGGCAGUCUGGCGCGCGAUUGGCGGGGCGCGGCUUCCUCUUGUCGCCGGCCUCGCGCAUGCGCCGCGCUCCACCGGGCCGUGUCCCCGGUGCGUGUGUAUGCGUGUGUCAGCCGCGGGCAGCGCUCCCGGCCGGCGGCCGCACGGCACCAGGCACCUGGGAAUCACCGCGCAGGGUAAGCGGGCUCGGGGCCAGCGCAGGGCCGCGUGCCGCUCCGGACACCCCGCCGAGAGGCGGCCCGGCUCGGCCUGACCCCGCCGCCUGGCCGGGGAGCGGGUGCGGGAGGAGGAGGAGGCGGCGGCGACGGCCCGCGGGCGGCCUAACACCGCGCAGCGCGACCCGGCGCCGAGCGAGGCCGUGGCGGCCCAGGAUGGAGUGAGGCGGAGGCGGCCUCCCGGGAGACACUUCCGCGUUGCGGCAGGGCCCCGUCGCUCUGCCGGCCUGCCUCCGGCCCGGCCCCGGGUUCCCAUGUGAGGCGGGCGGGCGGGUGCCGGCGGCAGCAGCGAGCUAGCGAGCCUCAGCGGGCGGCCCGGGGCGGGCGCGGCGCCGCGUCUCCAUGGCGCCCUGAAGGCGGCGGUGGCGGCGGCUGAGUCCCUAGGCCGCAUUCUCGUCCUCGGCCGUGAGUGAUCUCGAUGCCGAGCACCUCGGAGGCGGCGGCCGGCGGGAGCGGGGGAAGCCGGGGCUGGGGGAGCGGCGGCGGCAGCGCGGCGGCGGAGGCAGCUGCCGACAAGAAGCGACUGCAUCACCGGAGACGGAAGCGCUUCGCGGCCCAGCCGCAGCCUCCCCCCCCGCCUCCGGCCCCGCACCCGCUGCUCUUCCCGCUCCUACAGCCGCCCCUCCUGCAGCCCCCGCUCCUGCAGCCGCCGCUGCCGCCGCAGUCCCUGCUCUUCCUGGCGGCCACCGGCGCCUCCUCCUGCUGCGGGGACGGGGGGGAGCGGAAGCGGCCGCGGGGCAAGCGGCGCUCGGGCUCCCGGCACAAACGGCGGCGGGGCCGCGGGGGAGGCGGCGGCGGCGGGACCCAGGAGGCGGAGAAGCGGCGCGGUAGCGGGGGGCUGAGCACGCUGGUGGAGGAGUACGACGACGUGAGCUCCCAGUCCGAGGGGCUGGUGGGCGGCGGCGCGGCCGGCGGCGGCGCGGGCAGCUGCGUGGGGAGCCCGGCUUCGUCCCCGGGUGGCGGCGGCGGCGGGAGUCAGCGGAAGCGGGGCGAGGCAGAGAGGAGCGGGCGAUCCCGUCGGGAGCACCGCAGCGGCAGCGGCCGCUCGAAGGAGCGGCACCGGGAGCACCGGCGGCGGGGGGAGGAGAAGGCGCAGCAGGAGGGGGCGGCGGCAGGCCGCGGAGGGAGCGAGGCCGCCUCGUCCUCCUCCAAGUCCCGCGGCCGUCACAACCACGCCGGGGUCCAGGACCGGGAGGGACUCAAGAGCGGCGGAGGCGGCGGCAGCGACGGCCGCAGGAAGGGCUCCCUCUCCUCGCCUGGCAGCGGCAGGAAAGAGCGGGAGAGCAAAGCGCACCGUAGCCGGACUAAAGCGGCCAAAGAGCCGCCGUCGGCUUACAAGGACCCGCCGAAGGCCUACCGCGACGACAAGCCCGAGCCCAAGGCCUACCGGCGGCAGCGCUCAUCCCCCAGCCCCGGCCGGGAUGACAGUCCCCCUCUGCAUCGCUCCUCGCAAAGCCUACGAAGCCGCAAAUCGCUGAGCCCCGUGGGCGGCCGCUCGCCCCUCAGCCCCUACAGCCGCCGUCGCUCCCCCAGCUACAGUCGGCACAGCUCCUACGAGAGAGGCGGAGAUGUGUCACCCAGCCCCUACAGCAGCUGGCGGCGGUCGCGGAGCCCCUACAGCCCCGUUAUCCGGCGAUCAGCAAAAUCUCGAAGCAGAAGUCCGUAUUCGUCAAGGCACUCAAGAUCUCGUAGCAGACACAGGUUGUCUAGGUCGAGAAGUCGUCAUUCAAGUAUUUCUCCUAGCACAUUAACUCUGAAAAGUAGCCUGGCUGCUGAGCUGAACAAAAACAAAAAAGCAAGAGCAGCUGAGGCAGCUAAAGCCAGUGCAAAAGCUUCCAACACUUCUACACCGACGAAGGGAAGCACUGACACUACUGCAAGUGCACCUCAAUUGAACAAUGUAAAGGACCUGAAGAAAGUUAAAAUUGAGCAUACCCCUUCUCCUACGAGCAGCACAAAUUUGAAGAAUGACAAGGCAAAAGCAAAGGUCUCACUUCCUGAAACUAAAGGAGAAAAUAAUCUGAUCUCAGACAUAUUAUAUAAUACUAAACAGAAAGCUACAGCAGUAAAAGAGGAUAAAGUAACUGUUGUAAAACAGCAACCUGUCACUGUAAAAGAGAAAACCAAACUGAGUACACCAAGUGUAGUAACAAAGGAGAAGGAGCGAAUUGUUGCACUACCAGCCUCCACACUGCCACCCUUGCCUUUGCCUCCCACGCUGCCUGAAGAUAAUGAAACUGAUAGCUUGAAAGAGAAUAUUACAGUGAAGACAGUUAAAGAAACAGAGAAGAAACUUCGCCAUCUGCUUGCAGACUUGCCACUUCCACCUGAGUUGCCUGGAGGAGCUGAGUUAAGCAAAAGUCCUGAAGAAAAGAAACCAACAGUUCAGUUACACACCAAGAGGAGACCAAAAAUAUGUGGACCACGACAUGGUGAAACAAAAGAAAAAGAAAUAGACUGGGGAAAACGCUGUGUGGAUAAAUUUGAUAUAAUUGGUAUUAUUGGUGAAGGCACUUAUGGACAAGUUUACAAAGCCAGGGAUAAAGACACAGGAGAAUUGGUGGCGCUGAAGAAAGUACGAUUGGAUAAUGAAAAGGAAGGGUUUCCAAUUACAGCUAUUCGAGAGAUUAAAAUUCUUCGUCAGCUUAAUCACCAAAGCAUUAUCAACAUGAAGGAAAUCGUCACGGACAAACAAGAUGCACUGGAUUUCAAAAAGGACAAAGGUGCAUUUUAUCUGGUAUUUGAAUAUAUGGACCAUGACUUGAUGGGACUGCUGGAAUCUGGUUUGGUUCAUUUUAAUGAAAAUCACAUAAAAUCAUUUAUGAGACAGCUGAUGGAGGGUUUGGCCUAUUGCCAUAAGAAGAACUUUUUGCACAGAGAUAUAAAGUGUUCAAAUAUUCUACUAAAUAAUAGAGGGCAGAUAAAGCUUGCGGAUUUUGGGCUUGCUCGGCUGUACAACUCAGAGGAAAGCCGACCAUAUACCAACAAAGUCAUUACAUUAUGGUAUCGACCUCCAGAAUUGCUGCUUGGAGAAGAAAGAUACACACCAGCUAUCGAUGUCUGGAGCUGUGGCUGCAUCCUGGGUGAACUUUUUACAAAAAAGCCAAUAUUUCAAGCAAAUCAAGAACUUGCUCAACUGGAACUUAUAAGUCGAAUUUGUGGGAGUCCUUGUCCAGCAGUGUGGCCUGAUGUUAUAAAACUAGCUUAUUUCAACACGAUGAAACCAAAGAAGCAAUAUCGUCGAAAACUGAGAGAAGAGUUUGCAUUCAUCCCACCAGCUGCAUUAGAUUUGUUUGAUUACAUGCUUGCUCUGGAUCCCAGCAAGCGCUGCACAGCUGAACAAGCUCUUCAGUGUGAGUUUCUGCGAGAUGUGGAACCAUCUAAAAUGCCUCCCCCAGACCUUCCUUUGUGGCAGGAUUGCCAUGAGCUCUGGAGUAAAAAACGCAGAAGACAGAAGCAAAUGGGCAUGACUGAUGAUGCAACAGUGACUAAAGUCCCUAGGAAGGAUCUGUCUCUAGGCAUGGAUGAGAGCAGAACCAACACCCCACAAGGCAUGCAAACUUCUUCCCAACUCAAAACUCAGGGCAACUCUAGUGUAGCACUUGCAAAAACAAGCACUGGACAGCAGUUAAACCAGAAUGAAGUGGCAAUCCUGCUAAACCUGCUACAGUCUAAAACAAGUGUUAGUUUGGCACAGUUUGCCCAAGUGUUGAAUAUUAAGGUAAACCCAGAGACUCAGCAGCAACUAAAUAAAAUAAAUCUUCCUGCUGGAAUUUUGUCAGCAGGUGAAAAACAGUCAGAACAGCAGCAGCCGCCGCCGCCUCCACCACCACCACCGGAACAGGAGUCCUUAAAACAGCCGGCCGUCACGCAGCCUCCUGUACCACCUGCUCAGCUGAGUCAGCCUAAAGUGGAAACUGAUGCUGCCCAGGCAGCUGUACAGAGUGCAUUUGCUGUUCUGUUGUCCCAGUUAAUAAAGGCUCAGCAAACAAAACAAAAAGAUUUGGUGUUGGAGGAGAAGGAAAACGGAUCAGGAAAUGAAAUGUCGUUACAACUCAGGCAGCCUCCAGAGCCCACCACUCCUGCAUCUCUCAGCCGGGACGACAUGGAAUCUCCAGCAACCGGUUACCCACAUCUGAUCAAGUCAUUAUAUACGCCUGCAGGUCAAGAGGACUUGGCUAGGCAGUCUGAGAUGAGGCUCCUGAACCGAACGCCGGAACAGGAACGCCCUCGGAUCCUGCCUCCAGACCAGCGUCCCCCAGAACCCCCAGAGCCCCCACCUCUCACCGACGAAGACCUUGAUUAUCGGACAGAGAACCAGCAUUUGCCUAUAACUAACUCUUCAGGAACAGAUCCUCAUGCAGGAGUGAAAGCGGCGCUUCUGCAGCUGCUCGCUCAGCAUCAAGCUCAGGCAACAACAGAGGAGCCCGUACAGACGAGUGUGGAUUACCAGGCUAGAGAAUCCUAUGUAGCAGGCCCAGACUACAAGGACAACUUUGGAUCAUCUACCUUCUCCUCUGCUCACUAUGGUGGUAGCGAUGGCAUAGGAAGUGGGUCGUCGGGAGCACUAGAACGAAGAAGCUUCCUUGGAAACUCAGAUAUUCAGCCUUUGGAUAACUACAGUACUGCUUCAUCUCACUCGGGUGGUGCCCCUCCUCCAUCUGCUUUUUCAGAGUCCUUUCCCAGCUCAGUAACUGGUUAUGGAGACAUUUACCUCAACACUGGCCCCAUGCUAUUUAGCGGAGAUAAAGACCAUAGGUUUGAAUACAGCCACGGCCCAAUCUCAGUCCUGGGGAACAGUAGGGACGCUUCUGUGGGGCCGGAGAGUACUCAUUCGUUGCCUACUAAGAUGCACAACUAUAGCUAUGGAAGUAACUUACAGGAAAACCCUGGUGGUAUCAGCCACAUGCAUGGACAGACCUGGACAUCUCCUGCACAAGGACCCGGCUACUCCCAAGGAUAUAGGGGGCACAUUAGUACAUCCGCAGUGAGAGGGCGAGGCAGAGGAUUACCAUUUUGAGUAUCUGUUUUUCCUCAGGCACAUCUUUUUUAUCUGGAAAAACUUUUUUUUUUUUUUUUUUUUUUCCUAGCUGCGGUUUAAAGCAGCAGUUCAACAGACUUGAAUAAUAUUAAUUCAACAGCUUUAUUUUUAUGUGGAAAAGGGUCUUGCAUACAGUAGGAAAAAUUACAGAUGCUUAAAACUCAUGCUGUCUGAAAAAUAGAUAAAUUGAUUGUACAUGUUCACAAACUAGUUCUGAAUUUUAUUUUAAUUUUUUUUUUUUUGGCAGUUUUAAGUGGAUGCUAAAUUUAGGGACAUCAGCUUUUUACGGCACUCUUUCAGAUCUUCUGAACUAUGCACAUUUGUGCUUUUUUUUGUAAGUUUGGACCAACUUUUAUGUAAAAAAAAAGAAAAAGAAAAAAAGAAUUUUACAACAAUCAAAGCAGGGCACUGAUUUGUUCGGUAUUUUUCUUUUUACAGAACUACCUUUAGUCAAAGGUCACUGUCAGUCAUUGCACUGCUUUCAGUGUUAUUGUGGAAGGCGUACUUUGUGCUCAUUUCAGAUAAUAAAACAACCUUUCUCUUGAUGCAAAAUUUUAUAAAUAUUUGGUCAAUGUUAAUUUUUUUCUUUCCAAGAAAAAAAAAAAAAAAAAAGAAUGGAUGUUCUGGUAAAAUGUUCUCUCCAUCUCCCAGGCUUGUUUAUAUAUAAACUGUUUUACUUGAAUGGUAAGUGCCUUAACACGUAAGCUUAAGGUCUGCAAAAGUUGGAAGUACUCUAUAAAUCAAUGCUAAAGUAAUACUGAAACCUAGGUAGUUAACAAGAUCAGAUAAUAAUAGGAAACUCAAAUAGGUCAUAACCUUGUGUUGUUUACUUCAUGUGGACCAGUUAUUUAGACAUCUAAUCUUAUCUUGAUCAAGUCAUAAUCUCCAAAUUGAACUUGGUAAGAAGCUACAAAAGUGAGAAAAGUGAAGAGCGUAGUUUUUCCUCAGCUCCGCUUUGAAGUUGUAGUAAUUGAUUCACUUCCUCUGCCAAAUAAACUAUGCUUUUUAUGUUCUUUCCAAGUGGUGAAAAAGUUUUUCCUCUCGAAUGUCAACAGCAGUAAUUACUGUUAUGUGAAAAGCUGACACUAUCUCCUUUUUACAACAACUACUGCAUUACCGGAAGUAAACAAAGGACAGUGACCAGUAUUUAAAGCAAACAUUUUACACUAGUUCUAAUUCUGUAAACUCUUGAUUGUGCCAACUAAUGGUCCUCUUAUCUGCUAUUCCACCGAGUAUUCUAGUGUCGGAUUUGAGUCUCUCUGAACAACCGAUGAAAUAACUGUAGUGAAAACUCUUAAUUAACCAAGAGCCACUCCUCAAUCAUCAUUACAUCGAGCAUGUUUUUUUUUCCUGUGAUGACAAGUGGUCCCUCUCCUGCAGAGAGGAGGUAUGGUUAUAUUUUGCAUGUACGUAAAAGAAUGUUUUUAAAGCCCAUAUUGGAAACAAUUUUCCAACUGAUUAUCCAGUUGACAAAUCGGUACCUUAUGUAACUGAGUGUUUAAUUAUUACUUUUUAAAAAGUAAAAUUUCUACUUACACUAUUUCAAAUGUAGUCUUGUCAAUGACUUUUUGGACUUUCAGAAUAGAAGCCAAAGCUGUUGAUGUUUUGUUUUAAUUUAAAAACCUGGUUCUUGUUUAUGGCCAAGUACCACGUUGCAGAGCAUGGAGAAAGUCACUGUGCUGAUUUACAUAGAGUGAGGAUCUGGCAGAUGGGAGAUGGAGACGUCCCUGUAAGCCCAGCAGCUGCCUUCACUAGGCACAGAAGGGAAUCCUGCCCUCUGAAAACAAAAUCAACCCAGACAGUGAGGAACAAACGCUUGUGGCCGUGUGCUUUAGGAAAACCACAGCUUGACAGUGGCGGUGCACUAGGUAGGUUUCCUUGAAUAAGGACACCCCAGUAACAUUUUUCUGCCAGUUGCAUUUUAAAGGCAGAAAUCAUUAUUCUCAUUUAGGUACAGACAGUGUCAGCUGGGGCUUUUCUGUUUACUAAUUGAUAGAAAAAAAUUCCUAGGAGGUUCAGACAGGUUUGUUGGUUUUUUGUUUUUUGUUUGUUUUUUUUUUUUUUUUGUGUGUGUUGUUUUUUGAGUCAAGCAAGACUUUUAAAGCUCUUAGACCAUUGUUUUCACUAGAAACAUGGGAUCUAGUGUUACUCUACUGCACUUCCAAUGUGAAAAAGAAAAAGCGGACAAGUUAAAAUGGAAGGUAGAUUUCAAGGAGGACUACGUGGUUUGACUUUCAGUACAAAAAUGUAAAGCAGUUAUAAUGUCUCCUACAUCUUUCCCGGAGGUAAAGAUUAGGUUAUUUUAGUUCAUUUAAUGCAGAGCUGUCAGUCUGUAAGCGAAGGAGAGGCAGUGCAGUGCCAUUGCUGGCUGGCAUCACUCUGCUGCUGCAUUGUUCUGCUGAGAUGGAAUUUAGUCUUCAAAUGUAAAAACAAAGCUAGGUAACUAACUGUGGCUGUGAUGGAUACAAAGGAGAUGGAGUAGACAGCUGACUUCCAGAUGGAUCUAAAACAAAACUUGUACACUGUUACAGAUGCAAAGUUCCCCAAAUUCUGUUUAAGGAUUACUAGCCUGUGACCGAAGACUAUUUGCCUGGUAUAGCGGUGCUGGUGUAGCACAGGGGGACAUUCAGCAUGGGGUGAUGGCUGGAGAAGGAGGCUGCUGUCUUCUCUGCAGCCUGGGGAUCUGCCUGGCUUCCCCUGGUCUGGGCCGGGUCUAGGAGCUGGCCAGGCCUAAGGGCUGCCCACCUUUGGUUGUGCUGGCCCUGCAUGUGAUUUAUCAACAUUUCUUUUCUGUACCAUAUUAUGAGGUGCUUACAUCAGUUCAGAAUUUGACCGUUUUGAACAAACGUCACUUAGCGCAGAGUGAGUCAGUGCUAGUGCAACAUUUGGCUUGGCGUGGCCGUUGCGUUCUGCCACAGUAGCAGGCAUUCUGAAAGCCGCGUGAUUUUCUGUGGAGCCCGUGGCUUUUUGUUACUUUCCCACCUUCCUUUGGGUUUACAUUUUCUGUGCUGCAAUUCCAAAGUGUGCUACAGAGACCUGGACACCACAUCAAAAAGUAAGUGUUGUGUGUUUGUGUUUCUAAAACAUAGCAAAGUACUGUAACCAUGGACUGUGGAGUAGCAAGUGUUCAUUAUUUAUAUUGAGCAGUCAUUAGCCAUACCAAGAGGAGAAAUGUGAAUGCUACUGGACUGCUGUGGAUGUGACUUAAGAGGCUUAGAGUGCUAGAACACUUAAAAUCGGCCAAAGGGAAAGGAACUGACUUCUAUCAUGGAUUGCUAGUUGUUACCUGAAACAGAAGAAGGAAUGGUGUUUGGGAAGGGAUGUAAAAAAUACGUGUCUUUAAGUGUUAAUAUCCCUGGGGAGGUGGGUGGAAAUUAAAUGGCAAAUUUCUGUAUUUUUCUACAAAACAAGUCUAUGUUGAAUUUUCUUCUUGCCACAGCAGUGACAGCAGAGGCGCCGAGUGCCGCAGUGUUGAGCUCUCCAGGGUUUGGAGCUCUGCCCUCCUGCUGGUCCCUGCUGCAGGAUAGUUCUGGUGUGGUGCAGUUGCAGUAGGGUCCAUUUGGUCACUGACAGCGAGGAUACCCGAUACCUCUUGUCUGUGGGCAAACUGAAUUUCAGACCAUGAAUUCUGUUUCCAAGAGAGGAAGUCUCAUGUAGUUCUUGCAUUCUCUUAGUUAACGAAAUGCACAAGCAUUUUACAUGCAGCAUUUCUCCAGUCUGAUGUUACAGGGUUUGUAUAGGAGGAAAUUUGGCUGUUUCCCUUCUUGAUGGUUGUGGGAUGUUCUUCAUACAUGAGUGUGUUAAGAAGAUAAAGAAUCACAGAAAAGUGAUACAAGUUCUGUAUUUAAAACUGAGAUGACCUUGGGUUAAAGUCGAACUAACUUUUGCUUAUCAGGGUGAAGAAUACUUUAUUGCAGGAGUUAUUUCAAGACAACGUAAUUUAAAAUAAUCAAACUGUUAUGCUUCAGCUUGCUUACCCUUCGUUAUUUUAAGCCAUUUGUAUAUAAAUGUAUCGUGUGGCUUGUAAAUAAAAUACAUGAAAACUUGA